GAUUUCUGCGUUGGGUCACUUUGGUGGAUAUCUAUCGUAUACUUAAUUAUGCUGAUAGUAAUAUUGUUUGUUAGAGGUCAUUUCUUUGGAACUGAUAAACUAAUUACCAUGGUUACAAAGAAACAGUCCAAAUACACAUGGUUACUCCCAGUUCUGAGGUUGCAGUGGAAUGUUAUUUUACCUGUCACUUACUUGGUUCUGUCGAUUUCCUUCUGGAGAGUCGGAAAUGCAGCAUCCACGUGGACUGAUUUCGCAGACAAUUAUGGCUACUGGGCACCGUGGUUAAGGAAGUUAUCUCUGCUGAUACAAGUAAUACCCCUGUUGAUCAUAGCUGGAACUACCAUGAUUCAGGGGGUUCAUUAUCUGAGGACUUCCUCAUCACAAUCAUUUCAUGAGAUAGCCCAAUCGUGGUGUUGUCCUGUAUUUACCUUAGUAAACAUCACUUCAGAUGAUUUUAUUAACGAUACCUUAACAUCAGGAAUGAACAACUCAGCCUACGAGGAAGAUCCUCCACCAAAAUAUACACCACCUCCAUCCUAUUCUACUGCCACUGCCCGGAUGAUGGCAAGAUUUUUAAAUCAAAAUGAUUCGUCAUUACCAACUACCCCAGUACAACCUCUUUCUUCAACAGAAAAUAAUAAUUUGUAUUCUGAGAUAGGACUUGUGUCAUUUAAUCCUUGCCUGGAAAAAGAUAACAUUAGAAAAGUAUCUCCUUUUUAUUCUUCUGCAAACGCCCGGUUGGUGGGGAAUAUUUUAAAUCAAGCUCAUUCAUCAUUUGUUUCUUGUGAAGCGCAAUCUGCUAAUCACGCCAACUUGAAAGCAUCUACUUCCUAUCCUUCUGGAACUGUGAAGAAGCUAGUAAAGUUUUUAAAUCGGAGUCAAUCAUCAACAGCUGACACAAUUCCUGUAGAAGAAAGAGCGCCAUCUAUGUCUUCCACCCAAGAAUUUACUACUUAUAAGCUUCAACCAAAAAAACACUUCAAUUCAAAAGUGUCUUCCUAUUCUUCUGCAACUGCUAGAAAAAUUGUGAAGAUUUUAAAUCGAAGUCAUUCAUCAUCAGCAGCUACCACAGAACAACCUCUUUUUUCCCCAGAAAUUUUUUCUUUUACAGAACCUUAUCAUGAAAAUAAUACAGACUCCAAAGCGUCUACCUACUCUUCUGUAACAGGUCUAAUGAUGGAGAUAUCGCUAAAUCGAAACUAUUCAUCCCUAGCGACGACAACAGAACAACCCAUGUUUUCGACAGAAGAUAAUUUUGAUUCUAUAGUAGAUUUUGUAUCUUCUGAACCUCAACCUAAAAACCAAGUCGACUACAAAGUGUCCACUUCCUAUUCUCCUACAACUGUUCGGAUGAGGGAAGAAUUCUUAAAUCGAAGUCAUUCAUCACUAGCGGUUCCUACAGAACAAUACGCUACUUCAGCAGAAACUCCUUCUUUUACAAAACCUCAUCCUUCAAAUCAAACUUCCUCCAAAGCGUCUACCUAUUCUUCUGCAACUGGUCGGAUGGUGGGGAAAUUUCUAAAUCGAAGUCAGUCAUUAUUAGAGACUAUCAAAGAACAAUCCAUUUUUUCGUCAGAAAGUACUUCUUUUACAGAGCCUUGUCCUGAAAGUCACACCUCUUCCAAAACGUCUACCUAUUCUUCUGCACCUGGUCGGAUGAUGGGAAUAUCUCUAAACCGAAGCCAUUCGUCCCUAGCGACGACCACAGAACAACCCAUGUUUUCGUCAGAAGACGAUUUUUAUUCUACAGCAGACCUUGUUUCUUUUGAAACUCAACCAGAAAACCAAACCGACUUCGAAGUGUCCAACUCAUAAUCUCCUGAAACUGGUCUGAUAAGGAAGAUAGUCUUAAAUCGAAGCCACUCAUCACCAGCAGUUGCUACAGAGCAAUCCUUUUCUUUAGCAGAAAUUCCUUUUUUCAAACACAGUAGAACUUGUUACAUUGGAACUUCAACCUGAAAACCAAAUCUACUCCCACUUUCAUGAAAAUGGACAGAAUUUGAUGAAGUUUUCAAACCAAAGUCUUUCGUCAAUCACAAAAACAGAUCAUUUAUCUUACCCCUUUUUUUCUCCACAGAAGAUCAAAUUUCCUUUAAACUUUAAACUGAAGACAAUGACUACUUAAAAGUAGAACCUAUUUGUUACGAAGCUCAGCCAAAAAAAAAACGGAUGAAUUCAACAUUAGAUAAAUAUCUAUCUAUCUACAAGGAAAUGUUUUACAGAGCUUGGAAGAAGUGAUGCGAUAACAACCCUUGACAUUUCGUGAAAGAGCAUAUUUAGUCUCAAUUAAUCAAAUAUUAAGGGAACUGAAUUUAGAUGAAUUAUUAACAAUAUGCCUGUGUUGUGAGAAAUAUUGUAUGCAUGAUAUUUUGUAAUAAUAGAAAUUAUAAUUUUAGUAAGAUAGCCUGGCACGCUCGUGUAUAUUUUAAAAUUGCAGUAGUUGAGUACAUUAUACUAAAACGAUUUUGGAGACUUACCAACUCGUUACAAUUCAUGUCGCCACGUCCGGUCGUGCUCUGUCUGACGGCCGUACAUCUUGACAAUAUCCCUGCUGUGUAAUCUCAUUAAAAAGGGCACUGUCGUAAAGUUGUUACGUCAAAAACACUCAAGUAGUCGCUGUUGCUUUCCAUAAUCCAUUUUGUGUAGGAGGACGAAUGCAUCCCAAUGCGAGUUUAAGCAAUCUAAUCGAAAAAAAUCUGUAGAAGACUUGACUGGUAUGCCUUCGUAUGGUAUAGCAUGAAUACCCGUUUCAUUCUUGAACUUCUCGAAUGUCGUAGAAACAACUUGUAUACAGUUGUAUACAUGUAUACAGAUGAAGGUCCUUCUGGAUUAUGUUUACUGUUGCCUGGAACACGUGGACGGUUUUAACCAUUGUCCUUUGUUAUGAGGAUUUCUAAAUGUUAUAUAAGAUGUUGCAUUUGCUUAUCAUGUCUGGGAUACGAAUUAUUGCAUGUCUCAUUCUGGAUGGUGUUGGUGGUAUAAGUUGAUUCAUAUUUCUUUAUUUUCCAAUGUCAGCAAGUAUAAUGGAUAUUCUCGUCUUGGAAAUUUUAAAUCUUAAUAUGUGAACUCAUCUUAAUGAUCUGAAGAUAAGAAUAUUUUGCGACAGAAAGUGAUAAUACAUACUAUUCCAAAAAGCGAUCAGUUUUCAGUAGCAUCACAUUAUCUACGACACGCCAAACAGUGUAAUGAUGCAGUUUAGAUAUUAUGCUGUUCUACCAUGACUUUAUGUCAGCUGUGUUGGGUCACGUGAAAUGCUGAAUUGGAUAUUUAAAAUCAUUUGAAUAUAACGUACUCAUCCCCCCCCCUACUAUAUAUAUAUGACAUCAAUCU